AUGGCCGCUCUAAAGGAUCUCUUGUCGCGCCUUGGCGCACCUCCCAGCGACGUCUACAUAUUUGUAGAGGUUUCUCUCCUACCUGCUCUGCAGCCAUACCUGCAUCCGUUCGUCGGUCGCAAUGGGAAUGAUAUGAAGAGGCUGUCUAUCGGCCUUCUCUAUUCCGCAGACGGCGCGCAUCGCUUCAGGCCAAUUGUAGUGAGCGCUGACCGGGAGCCACUGAGGCUGGGCCACGAUCUUUUCACGCAGUUCAUGCUAGGCCUCAACGCUGCGAAAUUUGCAGAGGACCGUGACAUCGUCGUCCUUGUGUCCUCGCGUAGGCACAAGCUCACUUGGGGAGAGGGCAAGCGAGAGCCGAGUGGGCCCUUCAUGGUGCACCACCUAACCCAUACUCGCAUUGUGCAGCUUCAUGAUGUUGUACCAGACGUGGGGAACCCCGUCGUGCAGGGCAUUGUCACAUUCUUCAGGUCCGAAUUCCACACAAUGUGGGUGGACCACCAGACUCGCUUCAUGAGGCGCGUGCCUCCAGCUUGGGUGUGGACCAGCAACUCUCCAUCGGCCGCGAACACGUUGCAGUGGACAUUCCAGGCACUAUGGGGGGUGGCGACAUCUCACAUUCAGCUCGCGUUUUGGCGCACUGGGUGCGUCCCGGACGAGUGGCUGCCUCGGCUUCAGGCGAUCAACUGCGACAUGCAUGUCGAGGUUGUGGAGCAGCUCGUCGUUAGCCUCACGGGCCUGCAGAGGAGGCUGGACCAGUUGGACAUCCCCGACUGCGUGAUGGAUGCAUUGGACUACGCAACUUGGGAUGACACCAUGGACGAGGAUACGGCCGAACGUUUUCCAGAGCCGGUCAUCCGUCGGAUUGAUGAUUCAAGCUGUGUCGGCCGUGUCAAAUGGGACGACAGGACUCGCCGCCGGCUCAUGCGUAUGGCAUCUGAUGCGUACACAAGGCUUGCUAGCGCGACAGGAGUAGCUCCGAGUGUCGUCGUCACGCUUAAGCGCUUGGGGAACCCGGACCUCGUUGACCGUCUGCUGCGCACACCAGAGAAGAAGGUUAGGAGGCAUUCAUACGCGCCUUCCUCGUCCACGUCUUCCACGGCCAGCGAGGAGAUAUGCUUCAACUCCCCAACGGCAUCCAUGUCUAGCGUGCAUGGGGAUAUUGAGUAUGGGAUGUAG